AUGUCUCUCGAAACUGCAGAAGAGUCCAUAGAGAGGUACGAAAGAACACUGCCACACCAUGGUGGCUGGGACGUCGACCCUGGUCCGUACCCCGCAUCCCCUAGUAUUGGAUCUUUUGAUGAAGAGGCAUCAAAUUUAUUCAAUCAUUUUGUUCUCUUUCCAGAUAGUAAUGGUUGCAAUAAUGAUCUCGAUGAUCUAACUACCCUUACAAACGACGACUCUCAAGGUUACGAUUACCAUCGCGAUCAUACUUCUGAUUUGCUUAACAAUUAUAUUGACGUACGAAAAUGUGGAGAAGAACUCGAUGCAUUGGGGGAUGUUACAGGGGACUUCAGUACUCAAGCACCUUCACCGUCUCAGACAAUACGUCGAAUAUUAAACGAUAGACAACCAACUGAGAAGCCGGCGGUCGCUCAAAUGAACGACAGUUCUGUUUUUCCUGAUCAAAUGGAAUGUACAGACUCCGAAAUGCCUCAUUUGACCGAAGCGCCAAUAGAUUCUCGGAUAUCAUCAGGGUCGAACACAAUCUCUGUGUCAGAUUCCCACCUUCACCGCCGUGAAAUGUCUGAGUUCAAUGUCUUGGGGUCCAUAGAAAACUCCAGACCAAUGCUUCGGCCCAGAGCAUCGACCAGAAACAAGGAGGGUUCCUCAUUCCGAGGACUAAAUCAGAUACAAGAUGUUAGGAAAACAGCGCUUGAUGGCCGCGAUCUUGUAUCCGAUCGGGCUGACCACGACGCGAGCCAUGAUCCCUCUAUUUCUGUGCACGAUACAUCCACCAACAUUAACAUCCAAAGCGAGUUAUUUGAUAUUGUAUGCGAAAGAAUGCGUGGAUUUGAAGACAAAAAUUUAAACCAGCAAUUAGUCGCUUCGAAAAUAAAAGAUAUUGUACAAGCUUUCUAUCGCAGGGUCGCUGCUGGUGAUGAGACACAGGAAUUGGAGGUCUUGAUUUUCUGCUCUAUACUCGAAGUCAUUCGACACGACGCUGUACCAUGGAGGGAUAUGAAACCCACGAAAAUUUCAGAAGCCGUCUAUAAGAUCUACUUCGAUGCAGGAUGGACUUUCAACCCCCCACAGGAGUAUCUGCCGAGGGGACAGAACACAACACCAACACUAUCUAGUUCAUCGCAACGAACACACCAAACAUCAUCGGUAUAUGCUCUUCAAUCAAAGCGUCGGAGUAACGAUGGAGAUUCCAUGACUACAGCCUCAUCAUCCAGCAAGCGGCUCAAGGUCUCUUCAGAAGGAUAUCAUUGUUACUACGACGAUUGUAACACAUAUGUCGAGCCCAAAGAGGUAGGGCGCCACAAUACCAUCCAUAACCCUUAUGAGUUCACAGCUUGUAUUGUGCCUGGUUGCGACAAGAUAUUUGUGAGGAAAGACGCUAUGAGAAAUCACCUCGGCUCCAGAACCCAUAAAAGAUACAUUGAAAGUCUUUCAAUAGAGGAAAAGAGCAGAUUACCAAGACUUAUCAAAAGGAAUACUUUCGUGAUUAAUGAUCGGACUCAUGAAUAUUGCGUUUUCUGUGAAACAAAACUUCUUCGCGGUUCCUGGGAAAACUGCCAAAUGAGUCAGGCUCACAUCAUAGGUCAUCUAAGAGCAUCCAAAACAUCCAAAACACCAUUGGUCUUUCGACACCGAUGUUCAAAUAAAGAUGAAUGUGGAAAAAAGGAAUACUGGAGAACUAGCCCCUGCGUUCAACCAGAGAAUCGAGAGCGGGUUCCAAGAAGUGAUGAUGACGAUACUGAUGGCGAAACACAUCAGGAGAUUGAUGAUUAUACAGAAGCUGGAGAAAGUAUCGACCCAGGAGAAAGUGCCGAUUCAUAUCACCAUUCCCAAAAGUCUAGUGACUACGAUUUUGCCGAAAGCAACAAGAGCUUCAACCAUCAUAAUUAUCCAACAAAUCGCCGCCCAUCUUCUUACAAAAGUCCAUACAGAAGCAGGACACAUUCGACGUCGCUACUAUCUGGGAGAUUGGAAACCUCUCUAGAGCCAGAAUCGGAUCUUUCAAUGACUAGAUAUCUGGUAGCAAAUUCAGAUUUCGAGCACCUCAACAACCAGAACAUUCGGAAUCCAUCAGAUAGAUCUUCAAGGACGGGCGUAUUGAAAAAUUCGGUAAAUUCAUAUGCCGCGGCUGUAGAGCUAGGAUCUGAAGAGGAUGGCUCACCUUCAAUUAGAUGA